GGGAGAGGCCCGGGGCACGUGCAGACUGGAGCCCCGCGAGUGGCGCGCCGGGGAUGUGAGUGCCCCUUGCCCUCUACUGCACCCAGCCCCCACCCCGCCCACUGCCUCUGCUUUUGCAUAUCUACAGUGAUUUGACCAGACCCCACCCCUCCUCGCGUCCUCAGCUAGCGACUGAGGCGGUGCCAGAUCCCGGCUGCGGGCGGGGAGGCCCGCCGCGUCGCGCGGCCUGGGCACCUGAGGUGGUAGCGGAAGAGGCGCCCGUGUUGCGUCGCCGCCCGGAGGGGCCGCCGCGCGCCCGUUUCCUGUUCGGCUGGUUCCAGCCAGCGCGAGGACGAAACACGCGUGCGCGCGGCAGGCGAGCGCGCUCGCCUUCUCAGCCGCCAGCGCCGGGCGCAGUCCGCCUUUUUCCGGAGCAGUCCGGACACGGCGCUAGUCGAUAGGAGCAGCCGCCGCAGCAGCUCCGCACUGGGGAACCGAGGGCGCAAAAAGGCAGGUUGACGGCUCUUUGGUAGGAGUGGGCCGGACUGGACGCCAGAGACAAAGGCUCUCAAGGCAAGAAGGACUGUGGCCCCGCGACGGCGCUGCUCGGGAUUUCUGACCCCAGGACUUUUCGCCCCUUCAUUUUUCUCAUCUGAUUCUUCUCUUAUCCCAAGCCCGCGCCCCCUCCCGCGCGACCUCGCUCCUCACCGGGAGGGCCGCGAUGGAGGUCCCGCCCCGGCUUUCCCAUGUGCCGCCGCCAUUGUUCCCUUCCGCUCCCGCUACUUUAGCCUCCCGCAGCAUUUCCCAUUGGCGGCCGCGGGCGCCGCGGCAGCUCGCCCCGCUCCUCCCUUCGCUCGCUGCCGGCUCCGCCCGGCAGGGGGCGCGCCGGACCCAGCGCCACGUCACUGCCCAGCAGCCCUCCCGAUUGGCGGGCGGGGCGGCUAUAAAGGGAGGGCGCAGGCGGCGCCCGGAUCUCUUCCGCCGCCAUUUUAAAUCCAGCUCCAUACAACGCUCUGCCGCCGCUGCUGCCGCGACCAGGACUGCGCGCCAGCACCCCCCUGCCGACAGCUCCACCACCAUGGAGGACAUGAACGAGUACAGCAACAUAGAGGAAUUCGCAGAGGGAUCCAAGAUCAACGCGAGCAAGAAUCAGCAGGAUGACGGUAAAAUGUUUAUUGGAGGCUUGAGCUGGGAUACAAGCAAGAAAGAUCUGACUGAAUAUUUGUCUCGAUUUGGGGAAGUUGUAGACUGUACGAUUAAAACAGAUCCAGUCACUGGAAGAUCAAGAGGAUUUGGAUUUGUGCUUUUCAAAGAUGCUGCUAGUGUUGAUAAGGUUUUGGAACUGAAAGAACACAAACUGGAUGGCAAAUUGAUAGACCCUAAAAGGGCCAAAGCUUUAAAAGGGAAAGAACCCCCUAAAAAGGUUUUCGUGGGUGGAUUGAGCCCAGAUACUUCUGAAGAACAAAUUAAAGAAUAUUUUGGAGCCUUUGGAGAGAUUGAAAAUAUUGAACUUCCCAUGGAUACAAAAACAAAUGAAAGAAGAGGAUUUUGUUUUAUCACAUAUACAGAUGAAGAGCCAGUAAAGAAAUUGUUAGAAAGCAGAUAUCAUCAAAUUGGUUCUGGGAAGUGUGAAAUCAAAGUUGCACAACCCAAAGAGGUAUAUAGGCAGCAACAGCAACAACAAAAAGGAGGAAGAGGUGCUGCAGCUGGUGGACGAGGUGGUACUAGGGGUCGUGGCCGAGGUCAGGGCCAAAACUGGAACCAAGGAUUUAAUAACUAUUAUGAUCAAGGAUAUGGAAAUUACAAUAGUGCCUAUGGUGGUGAUCAGAACUAUAGUGGCUAUGGCGGAUAUGAUUAUACUGGGUAUAACUAUGGGAACUAUGGAUAUGGACAGGGAUAUGCAGACUACAGUGGUCAACAGAGCACUUAUGGCAAGGCAUCUCGAGGGGGUGGCAAUCACCAAAAUAAUUACCAGCCAUACUAAAGGAGGACAUUGGAGAAAACAGCGGGAACUUCAUUGCAGGCCGUGUGUCACCCUGACCACGUCUAUCUCUGGGGGUCGCACGUUGCGGGCAGAGCGCAAGGCAUACACCAGAAAACGCUGUCCUGUGGUAUGGUCUCUUCCAACUUCAUGUACCAGCGUAAAGAUUAAAGUGGAAAACUUCAGACUUUGGCUUCUUUUUUUUAAUCUUUUUGGAGAUUAAGUGUCUAAACUUAACUUAAAUGGUUUUUUACAGGAGUUAAAGUACAUAAAUGCCUUUUUACAGCUUAAUCAUUUUGGUCUUCUGUUUAGUGUUGUAUUUCAAUUGUGGAGCCUCAUUUUAAGUGUUCAUUCUUUAAGAUUUAAUGCUUGCUUUUUCUUUUUAUAGCUAAUAGUGAAAUCUACAAACCAAAACAAGAACUUUUAAAUCUGGGAUAUAAGUUAAAGAUCAUAUGCACAAAAGCAAUCUGUUUUCUUGUGAUAUAAUAAGCCUAUUGGAAAUUCACAUUUGUGGUAGCACUUCAUUUGGCUUACUAGAGAUGCUUCUAGUAGGCCUUAAUUUAAGUUCAAUCUUUGAAUAUGGGAAGAUUGUGUUCCCAGAUUCUUUUCUGAAUAGUUUUGGAUUUAAUAUCAUUUGGGAACUCCAGGGUGAGUUUAUAAAUUACUGAAGCUGCAUUUUGCCUAUAAAUAUGCAUGUGAUCUUUAAUUAUUUGAAGAAAAGAAUAAAGUGAGGACUUAAAACAAUUCAUGAAAGUGGACCUUUGAAAGCUUGCCACACUGGCACAAAUCUAACUGUUCUUUUGUUUUUGCUUUUAGGAGAUGCUAAAGAAACCCAUCUUGCAGGACGACAUUGAAGAUUGAUCUUCUGUUGAUCUAAGAUGAUUAUUUUGUAAAAGACUUUCUAGUGUACAAGACACAACUGUGUCCCAACUGUAUAUAGCCGCCAAUUAGUUUUCUUUGUUUUUACUUUGUCCUUUGCUAUCUGUGUUAUGACUCAAUGUGGAUUUGUGUUUAUACAAAUUUUAUUUGUAUGAUUUCAUGUUAAACCUCAAAUAAAUGCUUCCUUAUGUGAUUGUU